CUUCCACCUCCUAAACUUUCACUAAAUCGUCGCAUAUUCGCAUCUUCAUAUCUUCACAUCCUCACAUCUUCACCAUCCCGCCUCUCUACAGCACGACCCUCUAACGUCUCAUCUCGCUAACGGAGAUGCCCGGGCUCUCUCGCAGCCGCAUUGCUAAAGAUAUCAACCUCGCUACGUGCGGCUGAGAUAGCCCGUCUUCCUCCAAUGCUCGAUCCCUGAUUCGACGCCUCCACACGACCCAAAACCGCGGCUUCUCCCGACCGUCCGAGCCAAGGAUCCGCGCCGUUGAAGUCCCCUGGAUCCCGCAUUCAGCACGGCCGCCACGCGACGAAGCUUCGUCGUUUAAACCAUUCAUGUCUUGAACCAGCUGGCCCGGCUCUCCAACCUUGUUCAUCUCUUCUUCCCUCCAUCCAUCCCGUCCACACACCCUCGUCCCGCCGAGGCCUGCUGGCCAUGUCAUCUGACUCUGCCGACUCCUUCGGCGCAACAAUGUCAAAAACCGUCAGCGAACCCGAAGACCGCUCGCGUACCGUUCGAUUCCCCUCGCUCGAGAUCGACACCCACGACUAUGCCACCUCCCCGACCUCGUCCACGAAAACCCGUGCGUCUGCCGCUCCCCCCCGCGACACCAUCGGUGCGCCUCUCACCCGCACAUCCACCGACAAGACCCUAUCCCCGCUACGACGCCGAGCCGGCACCUUCAAGCCCGUCGAAGACUAUGGCGACUUUGACAUGUCGCGCCCUGGCUGGCAGCCCGGCUCCGAGCCCGGCUUCGACCCCAACAAGUCGGACGGAGGCCAUGCCUCCAUGCCCACCCUCCGUGCAGACUGCGAAAUCUCCGUCUUCGACUUCAGCCAGGCCAACAUGGUCCAGCACAAGUUCGGCAAUGACGACUUCAUAGAGUUUCUGAAAAAGCCCCAGGAGCCCUGGGUCAAGAGCCGCUGGAUCAACGUCAACGGCCUCAGCUGGGACGUCAUCCAAGCCUGUGGCCAGUACUACAAGCUGCAUAAGCUGGCCAUCGAGGACAUCAUGAACACGAGAAACCGUACAAAGGCCGACUGGUACGCCAACCACGCCUUCAUCGUCCUGACCCUGCAGAAGCUGGUGCUCCUGCUCGACGACGACAGCAGCAGCAGUAGCAGCAGCAGCGACGACGACUCGGACGACGGCGCGAGCCUCAGAACCAGCAAGUCCGUCAAGGGCAUGAAGAAGCUGAAGCGCGCAUUUACCAUGGGCGCCAAGCCGCGUCAGGACCCCGAGGUCGGCAGACAAGCCGCCGGUAGGCCUACCGUCGUGACCCAGAGCAGCGGCUACCAGCUCAACCACCACACGAGCAGCCUCUCCCAGCUGCCCCAGACGGCCUUUGUCCGCACCCUCCAGCGCUACCACGCCUCUGCCAACGAGGUCCGCACCGAGUACAUGGAAACGCACUCCUCCCUCAUCUCGCGCGGCCUAGCCGUCUCCGCCGAGCAGGUCGCCAUCUUCCUCACCUCGGACAACACCGUAAUCUCCUUCUUCGAGAUGUCCGCCGAGGACAUUGAGCGCCCCAUCACCAUCCGCUUGGGCGAUCCCUCGACGAUCCUGAGGCAGUCGUGCGAUGCCUCGCUCGUCGUGCAGGCCAUCAUCGACGCCAUCAUCGACCUCGCCAUGCCCCUGACGGCCGUUUACAGCGACGUCAUCGGCGACCUCGAGCUCGACGUUCUCACGUCCCCGAGCAUCAAGCAGACGCGUAGCCUGUACAUCUGUGUCAGCGAGAUCAACAAGAUGCUCACCUUCCUCAACCCCAUCGACAACCUUGUCAACGUGCUGCGCGACCACCGCACCGAGCUGUCGCAGGACGAGGCCGCCCGCCAGCUGCAGAAUCCGGCUAGCGGCGUUAUCGUCACGCCCCUCACCCACACCUACCUCGGCGACGUGCUCGAUCACUGCGUCAUCAUCACCGAGAGCAUGCAGCAGAUCAAGCGCUCCGCCGACAACCUCAUCGACCUCAUCUUCAAUACCAUCUCGGCGAACCAGAACGAGAGCAUGAAGCAGCUGACCAUCAUCACCAUCAUCUUUCUGCCCUUGACCUUCUUGACCGGGUAUUUUGGUCAAAACUUUGAAGACUUUCCCGAAAUCGGCAAUAAAUGGGGCAUUCGGUUUUUUUGGAUCAUUGCCUGUCCGGUCGUCUUCUGCACCAUCCUCAUUAUGAUGCGCUCUUGGAUCUGGUCCUGGUGCGUGUCCUUCUGGCAGAAGCGUAAGAUUAGUGCCGAGAGAAAGAAGCAGAAGAAGAGAAGGGCCAGAAGGGCGAGGAGGAGGGCCAAGGCGGAUUAGGGGUGCCGUCAUCUUUGGAGUGUUUCUCCCCACCAUAGACCGAGUAGAGUUGCUUGUUUCGUUUGUCAGUGAUACCCUCAUCAAAUAGACGGCCGGUUAGAUGUUUUUGUUUUCUGCAUUCGAAAAGUUUAUUUUAUUUUAUUUUUGCUGGCUUGAGAGA